ACUCCAGCGAGACCUCGGUGUCCAGAAAGGACCCCAGGUUGCCUUGGGCCAGGCGGGGCGGAUGGCGACUAUCAAAAAGAAAUAGGAUCAUGGCAGCAGAUGAUGACAAUGGUGAUGGAACAAGUUUAUUUGAUGUCAUUUCUGCUUCUCCUCUUAAAAAUAAUGAUGAAGGUUCUUUGGACAUAUAUGCUGGGUUGGACAGUGCUGUUUCUGACAGUGCUACCAAAUCCUCUGUACCAUCCAGAAAUUGUUUGGAUUUAUAUGAAGAAAUCCUGACUGAAGAAGGAACUGCAAAGGAGGCAACAUAUAAUGAUUUGCAGGUAGAAUAUGGAAAAUGUCAGCUGCAAAUGAAAGAGCUGAUGAAAAAGUUUAAGGAAAUACAGACACAGAAUUUCAGCUUAAAAAAUGAAAACCAGUCUCUUAAGAAAAAUAUCUCAGCACUUAUCAAAACUGCCAGAGUGGAAAUAAACCGCAAAGAUGAAGAAAUAAAUAAUCUUCACCAAAGAUUGUCUGAGUUUCCACAUCUUCGAAAUGCUCAUAAAACUUCAAGGACACCAGAUAUAGUUAAAACAAAAGGUCUUAAAUCCAGAUCUCUCCAUUUGGAUGAUUGUUCAAAGACUGAUCACAGAGUGAAAAGUGAUGUUUCUAAAGAUGUACAUUAUAGCACUUCACUGCCAUACCUCGAAAAGGAAGGAAAAUCACAUUCUGAAAAAAAGGGCGCUUCACAUUUGCCUACAUCUGUUGAAAAACACUCCACCAAUGGCAUUUGGUCACGUUCCCAUUAUCAGGUUGGUGAGGGUAGUUCCAGUGAGGAUCACAGAAGAGGAAGGAAAGAUAGUAGACAUAGCCAGUACUGCAGAGGGACUGACAGAAUACGAAAAGACUUGAACACUAGCUGUGGUGAUGGUGAACCGAGGAACAUAGAGGCCAGUCAGAGGCUACAAGGACGUCCUGAGAAAUAUAGUAAAGGUGAACCAAAGGCUGAAAGCAAAAAUUCAAAGUUUAAAAGUAACACAGAUUUGGAUUAUAAAAAUGAACGCAGUAGCUCUUCUUGGGAGAAAGAAAGCUCUAGAGACAGGUCACACACUCGACUAGAAUCUCAAAGUGACAAAAAACUCGAAAGACAAAGUGAAAGAUCACAAAAUAUAAAUAGAAAAGAACUUAAAUCACAAGACAAAGAAGAAAGGAAAGUUGAUCAAAAACCUAAGUCAGUAGUAAAAGACCAGGAUCAUUGGAAAAGAUCUGAACGAGCACUGCUUCCUUAUUCCAAGAAGGAACUAGCAAAAUCUUCUCAUAAUUCAAGUAAAUACCAUCCAGAAGAGAGAAGAGGCCGGGAAGAUUGUAAAAGAGACAGGGCUGUGAGUAAUCAUAGUUUUCAAGAAGGAAGAUGUCCGUCCUCUCUUUCAACCAAUAGAACUCACAAACAUGUUGACUCUAAGGAAGUUGAUGCUGUGCACCAAUGGGAAAAUGCACCUUUAAGGGUAGAAAGGCAUAGAACUGAAGAUAAGCGGAAAAGAGAACAAGAGGGCAAAGAAGAAAAUAAGCAUAUGAGAAAUGAAAAGAGAGUACCUGCAGAACAUCUGCAGAAGACAAACAGAGAGACUAAGAAAACCGCUACAGAUUUAAAGAGACAGAAUGAGCCAAAAAAUGAUAACGGUGAAGUCUCUAAUAAUGAUGUUUCUGAAGGAGUGGAUGAUAAAGAGCCAGCAGUUAAAGCUGAGAAUGGUUCAAAUGAAACACAAAACAAAGACUUAAAGUUAAGCUUUAUGGAAAAAUUGAACUUAACUCUUUCUCCUGCUAAAAAGCAGCCUGUUUCUCAGGAAAAUCAGCAUAAAAUAACCGAUACUCCCAAAUCUAGUGACAUAUGUGAUUUAGAGUCCUUGGUGCAGGCUAAAACUGUGACAUGUAUUCCCUCUGUCAGUGAACAGAUCACAGAGGAAACCAAAUCAGAGUUAUUGGAACCAAAGGAUGCUCUUACAGCAGCAUCUGAACCCAGGACCAGUGUUUCAGAAAGGAAAAUAGAAGAAGAAAAUAGUUUGUUCAUUAAAUCUGUUGCGGAUACUGUGCAUUGUGAUAUGUCCAUCUGUGGCACAGAGAUUUCCUUCUCAGCAUCUGUGGAAAUGCAACAAACAGAAUCCUUGUUUCCAUCAUCAACAGAAAUGGAACAGACCAUUAAUGGUGCCAGGGCAGCAGUUCCUGUGGUAAUGGACACAGUACAAACAAAUGUUUCUCAAAACUUUGGUUUGGAAUUGGAUACCAAAAGAAAGGAUGACUUAAAUUCUUGUAGUAUUUCCGAAGAUACAGAAAUGAAGGAGCCUUUUUCAACCAAAGUGACCGAAUCCAAUGAAAGCAUUUUGCAGCCUUCAAUUGAAGAAGCUGUCAUUUUGCCAACAGUCCUUUCAGAAGAUGGUAAACCAAACCUUGAGCCUUCUCUUGUAGAUGCACCACUGGUUGAAAGUAAGUCUUGUCACUUGGAGCCUUGCUUACCUAAAGAGACUCCAGAAUCUUCACUUCAGCAGACUGAGUUAACGGACCACAGAAUGGAAAUUGGUGAAGCAAACUCAGUAUAUCACGACGAUGAGAACUCGGUUCUGAGCAUUGACCUUAAUCAGCUGAGACCUAUUCCAGAAGCCAUCAGUCCUCUGAAUAGUCCCGUGAGACCUGUAGCAAAAGUUCUUAGACUGGAAAGCCCAUCUCGAGUUCCAUUAUAUAAUAACAGUCAUAAAGAUGUGUUUCCACCAAAUUUAGCUCAUUCUGCCUCCAAGAGUCAGUCUGAUCUCAAUAAGGAAAAUCAAAAGCCAAUUUGCAAAUCUGACAAAUUUACAGAAGCAGACUCCCACAAGAAUUCAUCUUUAGAUGAAUUAGAAGAAGGAGAAAUUAUAAGCGACAGUGAAAAAUCUGAACCACAAAAACGUUUUGACAAAAGUACCAACCCAAGAGCUUCUGCUGAAGUGCAGAACACAAGAACUAACCCAGGAAGUAGGAAAAGCACUGUGCAUUUGGAUAAAGACAAUAGGAAGAUAUCUUCUAUAAAAAUCCAUCAGACCAAAAGCAAAUGGAAUAAAAGACGAACUGAAUCUAGCAGAUCUUCAAAAACAGAGAAGAAAGAUAGGUUAGUGGGCACUUCCAGCCUGGAAAAAAUAGUGCCAAUUAUUGCUGCACCCUCUUCUGUCCGAGAGGUUGUGCACAUGUUACGAAUGAUAAGAAAACAUGUAAGGAAAAAUUAUAUGAAAUUCAAGGUAAAAUUUUCAUUAAUACAAUUUCAUAGAAUUAUUGAGUCAGCAAUUUUGAGUUUUACAUCACUGAUUAAACACCUUGACUUAUCCAAAAUCUCUAAGUCAGUGACUACUUUACAGAAGAAUCUCUGUGAUGUUAUAGAAUCCAAACUUAAGCAAGUUAAAAAGAAUGGCAUCGUGGAUCGUUUAUUUGAACAGCAGCUACCAGAUAUGAAAAAAAAAUUGUGGAAAUUUGUAGAUGAACAACUUGAUCACUUGUUUACAACGCUUAAGAAAAUCUUAGCAAAGUUUUGUGACCCCAUAAACAUUGGCAGUGACAGUGACGAAGGAAAACUUGAAAAGAGAAAUAAAGAGAAAGCACAAUAUUCAAAUUGUCAGAAGGGGAAUGUAGGCAGCUCCAGCAAAGAAAUGUUGAAGGAGAAACCCCCCAAAUCAGAAGAUUCUGGUUACUCUAAGUCUUUAGUAGGUUGUAAAAAAUCGGAGGGAAAACAUCAAGAGCAAAAUAAUUCCAGUAUUAACAGAGUAAAGCACAACAUUAAAAAAAGUACUAACACUUGCUUUGGUAAUAUUAAGAACCCUCAAUUUGAAGAGGCGUCCUUGGAACCAAACUGCCCGAAGGCAGGAAAAAUGGAAGGCAGUACCAUAGAGGACUCACAGGCAUCCCAGCACGCUGCUUUGAAGCCAGAACGCAGUUUUGAGAUUCUUACUGAGCAGCAAGCAUCUAGCCUUACUUUUAAUUUAGUGAGUGAUGCACAGAUGGGAGAAAUAUUUAAAAGUUUGUUGCAAGGUUCUGAUCUUUUGGACAACAGUGUUAACUGUAACGAAAAAAGUGAGUGGGAGUUAAAGACACCAGCGAAACAGAUGCUAGAGACUCUUAAAUGUGAAUCUCUACCAGUUUGUACAACGGAAGAGCUCGUUUCAGGGGUGGUUUCUCCCUGUCCUAAGGUGAUUACUGAUGAUAAUUGGUCAUUAUUGUCAUCUGAGAAAGGUCCGUCUCUGUCUUCAGGGCUUUCAUUGCCAGUUCAUCCUGAUGUGUUGGAUGAAAGUUGUAUGUUUGAAGUGUCCACUAACAUAUCUUUAAGUAAAGAUAAUGUAUGUAGUUCAGAAAAGAGUAAGCCCUGUGUUUCCUCCAUACUUCUUGAAGAUCUAGCAGUCUCUUUAACAGUACCAUCACCUCUGAAGUCAGAUGGUCAUCUCAGUUUCUUAAAGUCAGAUGUUUCGUCUAAUUCAACGCCCGAAGAAGUUAUUAGUGCCCAUUUUAGUGAAGAUGCCUUACUUGAGGAAGAGGAUGCAUCUGAACAGGACAUUCAUUUAGCCCUGGAGUCUGAUAAUUCAAGCAGUAAAUCAAGUUGUUCUUCAUCAUGGACAAGCCGGUCUAUUGCUCCAGGCUUUCAGUACCACCCUAAUCUACCCAUGCACGCUGUCAUAAUGGAAAAGUCCAAUGAUCAUUUCAUUGUGAAAAUACGCCGUGCGGCACCAUCUACCUCCCCUAGUCAUAAACAGAAUAUGGUGGCUGAUGAAUCUUUGCCAAGAGUGGAAAAGGAAGCUGAUGAAACAGUGGAGAAAAACUAUAUUUCAUGUCAGUACAGAGUUUUUAAAUCUGUGGAGGAAUUGAAAAUUUCCAGUAAAAAUGUUGAUAGCAGUAAAUCAGUUCAUGAAGAACAGGACUGUACGAUACAAACAGAGGUUCCCGAUAUAUAUGAAUUUCUUAAAGAUGCUUCAGGUAAAGUGGUUCAUAGUACUGAAGUAGUUGAAGAAUGUUUCAAGUUGCAUCAAGUAUGGGAGCCAAAAGUACCUGAAAGCGUUGAAGAAUUGCCUCCAAUGGAAGAAAUUCCACAUUCUGUCGAGGAUCAUCUUCCAAACGCAUAUAUAGACCUCACAAAAGAUCCAGUCACCGAGACCAAAAAGUUGGGGGAAUUCGUAGAAGUAACAGUUUUAAAUAUUGAGCAGUUGGGAUGUUCUGGAAGCAGUGUGGAUCAAAAUGCUCCAGUAUUAGACAAUAUGCAGCCUGAUACUGUAGAUGCUUUUAUUGAUUUGACACAAGAUGUUUCAAGUGACAGUAAAAAUGAAGGUAACUGUCCUGCUUUGGCUGUUGAAGACUUGGGGUGUCAGGUGAUAUGUGUAGAUGAAGAUAACUCAAAGGAAGAAAAGGUGCAAGUGGCAAACAGGCCUUUGGAAUGCAUUGUUGAGGAAGCCUGUAUCGAUUUAACCUCGGCAUUUCCCAGUUCGGGUGAAGUGAAAAAAGUUGAUUUAAAAUCAGAGCUGGCAUCGAAUUCUGGUAGUUCAGAGUUGCCUGGGGCUUUGGAUAAUGCUCACAAAAAGAGGAAAAAUCUUUCUGAUCUAAAUCCUUCUCAGAAAAAACAGAGAAAGGAAGCAGACUUAACCGGCAGGGAAAAGACUAAGAAAAUUACCCAAGAUUCUGGUGAGAAUGGUGAUGCUCACCGAAAGAAAGCCAGUAAGAAAAAGGCCCCUGUAGUAACUAAAGAUCCCUCGUCAUUAAAGGAAAGCCCAGGGACUAAGGAUGCCUCAGCAGCAUCUGCCACUUCUCUUACAGGCCUUUCUGCAAAGAAUGUUAUUAAAAAGAAGGGAGAAAUUAUAGUUUCGUGGACAAGAAAUGAUGACCGGGAAAUUUUACUGGAGUGUCAGAAAAAAGGGCCAUCGUUGAAAACAUUUUCUCAGUUAGCUGCCAAGUUGAAUAAAAAUCCGUAUCAGGUCUCAGAAAGAUUCCAGCAGCUAAUGAAGCUCUUUGAAAAGUCAAAAUGCAGGUAGUUAAUGGUUACACUACAGUAGGCUAGUAAAGUAAAUGUUUGACACUGUACCUGUGCAGUUAAUGGCCUGUUAGUCAUUGAAGAUGUGAGUGGUGGGUGAGAGACAUCCAGCUGAGUUCCUGUUUCAGUCACAGGUUGGAGAAUGGUUGCUCGUGCAGGCUUCUAAGGACUCUGUGUUUCCACUGCCAGGGGCCUGGGUUCUGUCCCUGGUCGGGGAACUAAGAUCUUGUGUGCCGCAUGGCUCAGCCAAAAAAAGAAAAAAAAGGCAAGAAAACAUUCUUGAAUAGCAUUAUAUUUCAUAGCCAGUGAAAUCUGUGCAGUCGUAAUUUAACAUAUUUUACAUUUUUAAUUAGGAGUGCUAAAAUACAAAACAUACAUUUAUAAACAUGAAGUCCAUUGUCAUCUGAAGAGGUGACAUGAUUUACCAUGUUACAUUAUUAAUAAUGUUCACAGACAUGUUUCUUUAAGCCAUUCUUAUACGGGUUUAUUAAGGCAAUAAUGUUUAUCAGGUAUUUCCUAUAAGACCUGAGCCAAUUGCUUAGAUAUUUUGGACUUUUAUGUAAGGAAGAUUGUAAAGAUAUUUAACAUAUCACUAUUUUUCAGUUGAUUUGUAGUCAUAAUUAUUUGAAUCCAGAAUGCCCAACUUUAAAUAAAACUAACUGAAGAAGAACCAUAUUUGGACAUUGAUCUCAUUGUGAAGGGUUCUGAAUACUUCUGAGUUAUAAAAAUCUGUUUCUAAACCCAGUGUAAAUUACUGUCUUUAGAUAAUCUGUUAAUUUCAGUAUCCUCUCAAAGCAACUAGUUUGUUAAUGAAAUCUUCAAAAGAUAUUUAGUAGUGUACUCUGACAUUAAAAUUCUGUUUAUAUAAUUCAGAAUGUAAGAUUGCAUAAUGAGGAAUUUGAAGAAAAAGCUUACUCUAAAGAACCUUUAAAAAAUAGUUCGAUGCAAAAAUGGCCUGCUUUUUUUUCAGAUUCACUAUGCUGUAAAUUUUUCACUGCCUUUAGAAAAUUAAACUGAGGUCUUUUUUGUUUUAUUUGAACGUUAUCUUAAAAUAUGACUUCCAUUCUCUUGUUGAAGAUAAUGUUCCCUUCAUGAACGAACUAACUUGUAUCUGGAAAUGACACUUACUAGUUUGAAAUUUCCAAAUUCCAUUACAAAUCUACAAUCUUUUAAUGGAUUUGGUACUUGAGAUUUUAUUUGCUUGCAUGAUAGCACAAAUAGUGAGUUAUUUCAUUCCUAGUUUGUUUUUUUUAAAUUUUAUUUUAUUUAUUUAUUUUUUAUACAGCAGGUUCUUAUUAUCUGUUUUAUACAUAUUAGUGUAUAUAUGUCAAUCCCAAUCCCUAGUUUGUUUCUUAACUGAUUUUUUUUUCCUUCAGGUACUAUAGUCUCAUUACAUUCUUAUCAAAAUCAGAGUGUAAGGGUAAAGUUACCAAACUGAGUCUAUAAAAAGCUAGUUCUUUAACCACCAAUAUUUAUUAUCUAAGAGAACUCAUUUAAAAGAACAACACUUUAUGAGAUGGUCAUAUCAGAAAAAUAGAAUCAUAACUUUAGCAUUUUCUUACAUUACAGAUAAGUUGCUGAAUUCCUUGGAGUCUUAAUUGAUAUUGCAAACUACACAGAAGCUUGGAAUUCUUCAUGUUUUUAAUGGGGAAGGAGAGGGCAGUUUUAUGACAUUUGAUUACCAGAUAAUAAUCUGCAUUUGUCAUAACUUGCUGACUCUUAAUCUCAAGCCAGCAUGUUCACCUUGUUCCUGACAUCAGUCUGAUUUGCUUAUCUGUUAUUGGUCAUGAUAUUUAUUUUUAAACAGGUUAGAACUUGUUAUUAAGAUAAAAGCAACAACAAAACAGUAUUGAAACCUUAGUUUUGAUAUUUCAAAGAAAUGACUUUCUUUCUAGAUUUUUAAAAAUAGUUUUGUAGAAUUUUAAGCUUAACCAUUAUUUAGUUCGUUUCAUCCAUUUUUAUUUGCUUUUCUAAUUGCCUGUCCUCAAUUUGGUAAAUUGUAAAAUAAUUUAAAUAGUGUAUCUGUAAAUAUGUAUAAUUAUAAUGAUGUAAAAUACUUUGUGUUUGUGUGUGUAUGUUUGGGUGUAUACACACACAUAAAUGGCUGUACCUAGCCAAGGACUUUUCUAUUUGUAUAAAACUUUUUAUAUAAAGUUUGCUUUCUUUACCAGUAAUGUAUAAAUAAAACCAUGUAAAGU